AUACAAAAUAAUUAUUUUGAUUUUAAUAGAUUACACAAGAGCCUGGAGAAUUUAUGAUAACCUUUCCUUAUGGUUAUCAUGCAGGAUUUAAUCAUGGUUUUAAUUGUGCAGAAUCAACUAAUUUUGCAAUGCCCAGAUGGAUCGAAUAUGGCAAGAGAGCUUUACAGUGUACUUGUCGAAAAGAUUGUGUGAAGAUAAGUAUGGAUGUAUUUGUUAGAAAAUUUCAGUCUGAAAAAUAUGAACUUUGGCGACAAGGAAAAGAUUUAGGAUGUCAUCCUGAGGAUCCUUCUAGAAAUACUGUUGCACCACCACCUAGUAAAUUUGAACUUAUUAUUGCUUCAAGAAGAGAGGAGAAAAGAAAAUUAACAGUGUCAAAAAGACAUCCUAUAUCUGCUAUAGAUGGGAAAAAACAAAAGGAAAAAUUUAACUCUGAUUAUAAAGAUCAAGAAUGGGAUUUGAUGAAAGAAGAGAAAGAUGAUAGUGACGGCACUGAAAUUUAUGAAUUGGAUGAAGAUUUGAAUACAAAACCUAAAGAAAGAAAGAAAAGAAAGAAAAAAGAAAAAUAUAAAGAUGAUGAUUUCCUUGAUAUUAACAGUGAUGAUAAAAUAAAAAAAAGAAAAUUUGCAAAAAAGAAAGAUAUAGAUACUUUGGAAAAGUUUGAAAUGUUAGAUAAUAUGAAUUGUAUGGAAGAUUCUUCAACAUCAUUGCAAACUGAUCAAGAUGAAAAUCCUCCAAUUCUGAAACCAUUUUGGGAUUUGGAAAAUGAUAAUCAACUAGCAUUUUCUCACAAUAUGAAUGAGGCAGCUAUAGAUAAUAUAGAGACAAACAAUGAAAAUGAAAUUUCUGACAUUAAAAAUGAAACAAUGAACAAUCAUCCAUUACCUGAAAAUAAUUCUGAACAAAAUUCAAUAGAAACAAAACCAGCUGAAAAAUCUAAUAGUCCUCCUGUUAUUAUUGAAAAUGAAAAAUUUAUCACUUCAGUAGGAAAUGAGUUUCAGGCUCCAGGAUUUCAGACAAAGUUUCCAUAUCAACAACAACCACUUAUUCAACAUUCAACAAAUAACAAUCAACCAGUAGAAACAAAAACAUUUCCCCGAGGAAGAAUGAUGUCAUUAACUCAAACUGCUAAAAAGUUGGAAGAACUUUCUUCAAAGAAUUUGUCAUUUAAAGAGCAAGCAGUAACUGAAUCUAAUCAGACACAUCAAGGAAUUGGAUCAUCAAAUCCAUCUAUUAUUCAACAAUUUUUGUUCAAUAGUCAAUUAUCACCACCUCCUUCUAGUAUGACUAAUAUUACUCCAUUUCAUUUGAGGCAGCAAAGGACAGCAAAAUCUCCUAUAAGUGUACAGCAACCUUUAAUGCCAAAUAGUUUAAAUUUACCAUUGCUAUCUAAUACAUCUGAAAUUUUUAAACAGAACAUCCAUCAAUCUGAAAUUAUAAAUUCAUCUUUACAUUCAAACAAUUUGAAAAUGUGUCCACUUAAACCAGAUUCAGGAAAUUCAAUUUCACCAGAAGCAUCUCAUCCAUUUAGUCAUAGUUACAUAAAUAAAGAAUCAAAUAAUUUGUUACCUCAACCAUCUAAAGCAGAUACCCAAACAGCAUCAUGGUUAUUUGCUGGAGUACCUCACUAUAACAAUUCUGUUCAGCAGCAAAAAUUAUCUACUACUUUAUUACCAAAUUCAGCUUAUUCUAAUAUUAUACAUCAUGAUAUUCCAGACAAACCCACUUUAUCAUAUUUGGGACAGGCAUCUGAUGAACCAAAAGAUUUAUCUUUAAAAGUGAAUGACAAAACUUUGCCUGCAGCUAAACAAUUUGUUGGGGGUAUCUAUCCUGAUGUAGGUGAAACUAGUUCACCUUAUCAUUCGCAUCUGUUGCCUCAAGUAAGUUAAAUGUGCUAUUUAUAACUUU